AUGAGUAAAGUCACAAGGGAUGAAGCUGCGCAAUAUUCAAAGACAAUAGGCGCUUCGUAUAUGGAGUGUUCCGCAAUGGCAGAUCAGGGUAUUGGUUUGAUAUUUGAAAAGAUCGCGUUGGGACUGCUGCGACUGUCGGGCCAAAAAACGAACCACACGCUGAAAGUGUACGACGACGAUAUCAUGGCCACUUCGAGUGAACUGGAGGCGACAGAUACUGCCAACGAAGAGACUGUUAACAUUAGCAUACACAGCAUCGCUCACGGACGGACGGUAAAGUCUAAAUGCUGCUAGCUGCCUCCUUUUGUAUCAUUGACUUUGUUACCCAUUUAUUGUAAUUUAACUUUAUGUAAAUAUUUUUUAUAUCCACAUGUUUGCAAUAUUAAAAUUUUAUAACGAAA